GAGAACUAUGAGACGGUGACCUCGCUGGGAUUCCCCCUUCCCAAACCUGACCUGAUCGCCCGGCUGGAACGAGGGGAAGCGCCGUGGGUCCCAGAUCUCCAGGCCUCAGAGGAAAAAGAGAUCCCAAGGGGCACUUGCACAGGUGAUGAGAGAGUGAGUGAGAACGAGGAGGGGAAUCAUCAUGAAGAAGUUUCUGGGGAAGUGGAACCACAAGGGCCCUUUGUGGGAAGAGCUGAAGGGAAUUUUUCCCAGUGCUGGGAAGAAGCCUGGGGAAAUUGGCACAGGUCAGAGAAGCUCCUGGGAAACCACCCAAGGAAGAAAGUAGACGAAUCUAUUAAAUGUGGGGGAGGAGACAAGGAUCCCACAGUCCAGCAGACAAAUCCCAAGGAAGAGAAACCCUACAACUGUCUCCAGUGUGGGAAAGGAUUCAUUCUGAGAUCACACCUUGUGAUACAUCAGAUAAUCCAUACUGGAGAGAAACCCCUUCAAUACUUGCACUGUAUGGAAAGCUUCAAUAACCACUCAGAUCUUAAUAACCAUGGGAGAAGCCACACGGGUGAGAAUCCCUAUCAAUGCCUCGAGUGCGGGAAACGUUUCAGUGGGGAGUCAGCACUAAUUAUGCAUCAGAGAAUCCACACAGGAGGGAGACCCCAUAAGUGCUUGGACUGUGGGAAAGGUUUCACACGGCGAUCAGGUCUUGUUACACAUCAGGCAAUCCACACCGGAGAGAGACCCCAUAAGUGCUUGGACUGUGGGAAAAGUUUCACAUGGAGAUCAGGCCUUGUUACACAUCAGGCAAUCCACACAGGAGAAAGACCCCAUAAGUGCUCAGACUGUGGGAAAAGUUUCAUGCAGAGAUCACACCUUAUUAGACAUCAGACAGUCCACACAGGAGAGAGAGCUUAUAAAUGCUUGGUGUGUGGGAAAAGCUUCAGUAACAGCACAAACCUUACUAACCAUCGGAGAAUCCACAGAGGAGAGAGACCCCAUAAAUGCCUCUACUGUGGGAAUGGUUUCCGUUGGAAGUCAGCCCUCAUAAUACAUCAGAGAAUCCACACAGGGGAGAGACCCCAUAAGUGCUUGGAGUGUGGGAAAAGUUUCACACAGAGAUCAGCACUUGUUACACAUCAGACAGUCCACACAGGAGAGGGACGCUAUAAAUGCUUGGAGUGUGGGAAAAGUUUCAGUUGGAAGUCAGACCUUAUAACACAUCAGAGAAUCCACACAGGGGAGAGACCCCAUAAGUGCUUGGACUGUGGGAAAAAUUUCAUACAGAGAUCAACCCUUACAAGGCAUCAGAGAAUACACACAGGAGAGAGACCCUAUAAAUGCCUCGAGUGUGGGAACUCCUUCAGUUGGAAGUCCGAUCUUAUCACACAUCAGCGAAUCCACACAGGAGAGAGACCUCAUAAGUGCUUGGACUGUGGGAAAAGCUUUAGAUGCAGCUCACAACUCACUCAACAUCAGAGAACCCACACGGGAGAAAGACCCUAUAAAUGCCUCGAGUGUGGGAAAAGUUUCAUUGGGAGUUCUCAUCUUGUUGCACAUCACAGAAUUCACACUGGAGACAAACCUCAGAAAUGCCUCAACUGUGGGAAAUGUUUCAGGUGGAAGUCUGCCCUUAUAACACAUCAGAGGAUCCACACAGGAGAAAGACCCCAUAAGUGCUUGGACUGUGGGAAAAGUUUCACAAACAGAUCAGCCCUUGUUUUACAUCAGAAAAUCCACACAGGAGAGAGGCCCCAUAAGUGCUUGGAGUGUGAGAAAAGUUUCACACAAAGAUCAUGUCUGAUAACACAUCAGGUAACCCACACUGGAGAAAGACCCCAUAAGUGCUUGGACUGUGGGAAAAGUUUCACACAGAGAUCAAACCUCAUUAAACAUGGGAUAAUCCACACAGGAUCUAAACUUCAUAAAUGCCUUGCCUGUGGAGAAAGCUUCAUUCAGCGAUCACACCUCAUUAAACAUCAGAGAAUCCACAAAGCACAGAAAUUCUCUCAGGGCCCUGACUAGGGCUGGCCAUGGUGACCAACCCGUUUCCUCAUUCCCACACACAUCAGUUGCAUUUGUCUCCCAAGGAUCCAUCUGCCCGUUGCUGGGGUGAAGAUACAGCAGCAGCUGAUCAUCAACUGGUCACUGACCCUCUGGCUCUGCCUGGUCUAAGCAAACCCCAGGCAGAAGAGGAGAAGCACCGAUCAGCCCCUCCUCCCUGCUGCAGCCCUGGCUGCUGAGCUGAUGGGCCGCAGGUGGGGGAAGGGAGAGAGACAAACUCCUCCAGACACUCCCUCUGCCUGGCUGAAGUUCCCCCCUCUCCCUUCCCCUCCCAGCCGGGCUCCCCCUGCCAUAGAGAUGAGGAGGAGGACACUUGGUCCACGCCCCACCUUCACUCUAGACACCUGUCCCCACCCCCCAUCUUCCACCAGCCCCUGGGCUGGGCUCCCCCACUUACCUGGAGCUGUUCUCUGCAGGGGGAGUGUCCCUGGGGGGUUGGUAACCCCUCCCCUCCCCAAAUCCCUCAGGAUCAAACGUUAAGGGACCUCCCCAUAACCCAUUGGUUAUGGAGAGGAAACUGGGGAUUGAAUGGUUGGGGCUGGGGGAGCUGAAAAGCAGGAGGAGCUGGUUGCUGGGGCUAUCGAGUGUUUGGACAUCAUGGGAUCAGAGGUGAGGGAGAGCACAGGGGUAGAGAGGUGCCGCCUCUCCUCACUCACCCCCUCUGCCCCUUCUCCCUGCCCUCUGUGCAUUCAGACAGCACUGCUGAGAGGGGCUGAUUCCCACAGGGCCUUUUGUGGGAGGCCUGGAGAUCCCACCUCUGCCUCCGCAGCAUCAGCUUCUGAACAUCUGUCUAUGGUAGGAAAUGGUUGGGAUUAGCUAGCACAUCUUCCCAGACUCUCCAACACUCUUUCUAGUCACACUGACCCUAAGUAUAUUAGCUAUUCCGUUCCUCUCCAUGAGCAGAGUGAUCGUUAGUCCCGGAGUUCCCCCUUUGGGGCCAGAUUGUCUCAUUCCCAGAUAGACUCACAUUACUCCAGGCCGUGCUGAAAAGCAUUGAAUGUUUGUAUAUUAUUCUCCCUGAGGGAGCAGAGCUAAACAGAUGCUAAAAAAGUGGGGAGCAGGGACAGUGAGUCUGAGGGAUUCCCUCCUUCCCCCAUCACUGUCACGCUCCACUCUUGACACAGCAGCCUCCGUCCCAGCAAUGGAGAGUUUUAUCCUGUCCCCGUUCUACCCCUCCCGCACUUACCACCAUGUCCCUGUCUCUCCAUGCUUAAGAAUCCGUUUUGAUUUCUAUGAUCCUCCAUGAGACUUCUGAGGGCUGGAGAAGAAAUCGUCACAGACUUGCAAGGGAGGGGAAGGGAGGAAUCCCAAAGAACCUCAAAGUACAGUUUGACCUUCCUGAUCUGUUUCCAUCUAUUGGUGAAAUUGCUUCCAGGUUUUUUCUGUGCUAGUCCAGAUCAUUUGUAGAUGGGAAGGGUUUUUUUGUUUGUUCAUUUUUUUUAAUUUCUUUUAUUAUGAUGAUGCUAAAACUUUUGUAACUAAUACAACUAAAUUAUUAGACAAGAAGUGAAGCCAGUUUGGCCACUUUAGACAAAAAUUUAUUUUCCUGAUUUUGAGUCUUCAGAUUCUCUUUCACUUUAUGAAUGUAAAACUGUUUUAUAGUCCACCCUGGAGUGUGGGUUUUUCUCUAUUCCAGAAGGCUGUUUGGUCACAAACUUAGAUAUUAGUUUAGUUUAGAUGUAGCUUAGAUUUAUUGAGGACUUAAUGAGACAAAUGAUCAUUGGCCAGUAUAGUCCUUUUUUAUUUUAUUUUAACCUUUUUCUACCCUUUUGUGAUGUGGAUUUAGUUUUAUUUGAACAAUGGCAAAGGUCAGUAUGUCUCAGCACAUACACUGAGGGUGUGAGCUCGAGUCACACUCGGAGAGGCAGAGAUGGAAAUGAGGAAUGAAAUCACUGCCUGAUCCCUGCAGUGAUGUGACUUAGGGCUUAUCUACCCUUCAAAGGCUGCUGCAGCCGAGCUGCACUGAUGGCGCAGUAGCGCUUCGAGGGGGACGCUACAUAGACCAAUGAGAGGGGUUCUCCCAUUGGCGUCCGUACUCCAUCUCCCCAAGAGACGGGAGCUACGUCCAUGGGAAAAGCCCUCCUGUUGCCAUAGUGCUGUCAACACCAGAAGUUAGGUUGAUACAGCUGCGCCGCUUGAGGAGGGGGGUGGAAUUUCACAACUGAUGCAGGUUGCAUGCGCAGAUCAAGCCCCAGAGUCAGGAGGAGGAGAGGGUGGGAGGCGAGGAGAACCGAGCUGGGAAAUGGCUGGCUUUGCUCUUCAGAGCCAGAUGGCUGAGAACUGUGAACUCGCUGCUUCAGAGCCAGAGAGCGACUAGCCUUGGCCUGUGAGUGUCGUGUGACGCUUCCCCUGCAAUCUAAAGGACCAUGAAUGAUACCCCAAAAAUGAUAGGGGGAGGGGGCAGUGUCCCCCUAUUGCUGAGAUGCCGAGGUUGGAUGAUAAGAAGGGAGCCGGGGAUCUCAACAGACCUGGGCAGCCUUGGAACCAGGCUGACCCCCAUCACUGAGGCCAGAGGGAGACAGCCCACCUGGUCACCCCUCCCCAUCUACCGCAGUGUCCUGUGUGGGGACGAGAGAGACUGUCUCUGCCCCACUCACCCCACACUCAUCCCUCUAACCUGAGCUCUUUGGAUUCCCUGCUCUCGGGGUGUUUCCUUUUGUGACGGGCUCCCAGCAUCUCUCAUGGCUUCUCACCACUGUUCUACCAUUUAUAUGUGUUGCACUGCUGUUGGUUCUUGUGGGAGUUGGACGCGGCAUUGUGCUGGGAUGGAACAGAAAAGUACCCGCUGGGCUGUGGGUGGGGCACGG